CACCCGUCCACAACCCGUCCAGCUCUGCCACCCGUCCACAACCCGUCCAGCUCUGCCACCCGUCCACAACCCGUCCAGCUCUGCCACCCGUCCACACCCCGUCCAGCGCUCACCGGCCACACAUACGCACACACAGACACAUCACACGUACACAAUACAUACAUGCAAGAUGCGUCUCAGGUGGCUAAUAGCUGUGCUAAUGGGACUGGUGGCCGCCAAUGAGGCCUUAGUACCACAAUUACCAUUCCCGGCACAAUUACCAUUCCCGGCACAAUUACCAUUCCCGGUAAAAUUACCAUUCCCAGCACAAUUACCAUUCCCGGCACAAUUACCAUUCCCGGUACAAUUACCAUUCCCGGCACAAUUACCACUCACGAUACAGCUGCCUGAUCUUGCCGGUCUAGCGGGACUCUUACCGGCUAUUCUACCGGGAUUAUUACCGGGAGGACUACCGAUUGCGGGACUUACUACCGUCUUAUCCGCAACAGGUCUCACGCUCGUUAAGGUCGCCAUCAUUGCUGGGUUUCUGGCGACCUAUAAAGACUUAUUAGAAAAGUCUUAUGAAGAAGAGGCGGAGGAAAGGCGAUACCCUGGACCUCCCGCCUACGUGUACGACCACCCCGUUCACAGGCGCCAGAAGCGAGCCAUCAAGGAGGCGAUAGAACGAGUGGAUUCUGUGAUGAUGAAAGAGGUGAAGGAAGCGGAGAAGCUGUUGCUGUCAGCCGCCACUCACCUGGACACUGACGGCUGUGUGCCAAAGCUCCUGUGUCACCUGAACAACAAACAGGUAGAUGCUCUUACGCUAGAGGAAACCGUCCUCCUCCAAAUGUUCUCCAACAACCCGGAGACCUUGUCCUCCUAUAGAUCCAUUCUCCAGGAGGCCAGGGACGUCGACCAGACCCAAGACCUCUCCAUAUGUGACAAGUUAUUCCCCAAGUGUCCCCUGGGGGAGGAACAAAUGAGUGGUCUCCUGGGGCAGUCCUGGGGAUGUGGGAAUGUGGUUUUGUAGUCAGUAAUGUAGAGGAGUAUUAACAUGAGGUUACUGACCCACUACACCACUACUCUCACCGUCUACCACUUAACAACACUUGAUUCUGACUUCUCUCUCUCUCUCUCUGUCUGUCUGUCUGUCUGUUUAUCUGUCUGUCUCUCUGUCUGUCUUCCACCCCCCUUCAGAUUCUAACCUCGAAUUAAUUCAUAUCAUAAAGAACGAGUCCAUAUAUAGAGGUUGUCGUGUGUGUGUGUGUGUGUGUGUGUGUGUGUGUGUGUGUGUGUGUGUGUGUGUGUGUGUGUGUGUACGACCCCAAAAUACAAAAUCCCUACAAAUCAUUAUUACUACAGUCAAUCUUUCCUGUAAUCUAAACCUGUAACCUGAACCUCUAAAAUUAUAUGACAUUACAAAACGAAGGAGAAAUUACAUAAAACAACGAAUUCACCUUAAAAUAACCAAUUGUUUUUAUCUUGAGGUUAUUGUAUUAUUAAACCAGAAUAAAUACAAAAAGUCGUAUUAAAUGUCUUUGUUUAGGUAUAUUUGUGCCUGCGUGUUUAUGUAUAUCAGUUGAUUAAGUCAUUGUUUUUGUUGUGUAGAUUUAAGUAUGUUUAUUUGUUAUGUAUUUGUUAUGUAUAUUCGUCUUCAGGUGUAUAGAAAUUAAUACAGUAAUGCAAUACAAUAAUACAACCAAUCUAGUGUUUAUUUGUGUUGUAUUUAUAGUGUGAUAUGUAAAUGAUUGUGUUGAUUGUUUACUUGUUUUGUUUGUUGAAGUUAUUAAACAAUAAACUAUUA